AGGUCCACACUCAGUUAAAUGACGUAGUGCGACUGAAGAGCAGAUCAGCAUGCUUACAGGUCAGGGUGUUAAUGAGAGGACCUUAGGGUUUUCCGCUGAGGCUGACAAAAGCCAGGUGGAGAGUUAUAAAGGGGCAAAGGUAGCCAAGUAGAGAUGUUCUCUACCAGUAUAGCCCUAUAGGCCUAGGCCCUUUUCAUCUUUAACUACCAGCUGCUCUGCUGCACUCAGGCCUCAAACACAGCGGUCUCCCUCGUAUGGCCAGGGUAUCAUGGGCGGUGUCCAUGCUGUUACUGCUGAUGCUCUGCUCUCCAGGGGGGUCUUCGGUCCCCCUCAAGCAUCUGUGUGGUUCCCACCUGGUGGACGCCCUCUACUUUGUGUGUGGAGAAAGGGGCUUUUUCUACAAUCCGAGCCGGACCCACAAGCGGGAUGUGGAACAUCUGCUCGGGUUCCUGUCUAAAAGGGCCAGACAGGACCAGCGACUGUGGAGGGCUUUGUCGGGCCGCGACGAGCCCAAAGUGAAGAGAGGGAUCGUGGAGCAGUGCUGCCACAAGCCGUGCAGCAUUUACCACCUGGAGGGCUACUGCGACUGACUCGCCACUUCACAACGAGCACCACUCAUAGCCUGUAAAAAGGUCCCGAAGUCAAUUUCUGGCCUGAUACUUGCUGGCUAUGUCUUAUCAACUGAAGGAAAUAAAGCUUCCUGACCCAUAA